GCCAAUAGACAUUAAAUAACGAUGUCGUAUUGGAUCUUAGUCACCGCCUCGUUUCACGUGCUGGCUGCUGGCGGUCGGGGAAAUAACGGUGUGGCCGUCCCCCGGGGCCCGGGCCGUAGGUAGUGGUGACGAAUGCCCCUCAUUAUAUCGACUAUUGAUUUCAGGGCCGACAGCAGAUCUAUCUAGCCGCCAGCAUGCCGGGGCGACGCUCCAUCGACAGUUCCAGGAUCCUCCUCAAGACGGCAGUGCGAUCGAUAGAGAGACAGCCACACGACUUUAUCCAACUAUAAACAUAUGCUAUUUUAUCGUAACCGUAUGACAAAGCAGUGUUUUGGAGCCCACUCAUUCCAAAAAUGAUCAAGAAGGGAUCGACUCUAACAACGAGCGUACUGACCUUUAGCACAACGAGUGUACUGACCUUUAGCGAGUGACAUUUGGAUGUGAGACAGCGGAUAGAAGUGCCAGUUGAUGCACCUCCAGAGGUGUGUGUAACAUAUACCAUGUGCGGGAAGUCCACCGCUAGCGCCUGACCCCCUAACCCUCGUUAUUGAGUAGGUAUGUCUCGGCUGACAGAUAUGGACACUAUUAGCCCCUUUGACCGAAUGUCACCAAAGAAAAAAUCUCACGGCUCCGCUAUUGAUAUACAUGUGGAAUAUGACCGGAAGGAUUCCGCCACAUCAGGAACUACAUCCGCUUCCUCUCCAAGAAUGAGUCCAUGUUCCGUGGAAUCAGGGUCACCCUAUCUUCUCAGGAAAGUAAGCGGAGACCGGCGUUCAGUCCGCCCUGGUGCCCCUUCAGAGCCGAAUGAGUACAACUUCAACUACCACAAACGGGGCCUGUUCUUGAUAAUCAACAACAAGAAUUUUCACCCGUCUACGGGACAAGUGACCCGGGAAGGCACCAACGUUGACGCAGAGCGUCUGGAAGAAAGAUUCCAGGACCUUGGUUUUGAGGUCAGACGCUACAAUGACGUGGCAAGCGCUAAGAUCACUAAGAUCAUGUAUGACGCCUCGGAGUACGAUCACUCAGACUGCGACUGUUUUGGUUGUGCCAUCCUUAGUCACGGUAUCGAGGGACGUAUCUAUACCACGGACGGCAUACUUCCCCUGGAGAUGCUCAUCGUCCCCUUUAAGGGCGAGCGAUGCCCCACACUUGUCGGCAAGCCCAAACUCUUUUUCCUCCAGGCGUGUCGAGGAAUAACUUACGAGGCAUCCAUAGACCUCACAGAUAGCGUGUCGGACAGAAGUGGUUACUCCGAGGAUUUUGAGUCCGGUGUCCAUCCUCUGAGGAAAAUUCCAGUGGAGGCAGACUUCCUGUUUUCAUACUCUACUGUCCCAGGUUGUUACUCGUGGAGGAAUAACCAGGAUGGCUCAUGGUUCAUACAGGCCUUGUGUAUUGUCCUGGAAAAUUAUGGACCGAAAAUGGAGCUUCUUCAUAUGCUUACCCAAGUCAACCGGAUAGUGACUUAUGAGUUUGAGUCUUGUACUGAUGAUGAGUUCACAGAGAACAUCAAACAGAUGCCUUGUAUCGUGUCUAUGUUGACUAGAUAUGUCUAUUUCCGGCCCAAGAAACCAGACAUCCGGGAUUAAGGAACUCCUGGUAUACCACGAAAUUCUAUGUUAGUGUUGAAGGCAGCCUUCAUCCUCAUUAUAACCAUGUAAACAUGCUUGUGUGAACCUUAUCUGGGUACUGGAAGUAUACACCUCCUUAUAUUAACUGGUAUAUAUAUAACUGUUUGACAAAAGUAUUUCUAUGUUUGGACGACAACAAUUUUUUUUUUUUCGUAAAUACUUUGCAUGAACAAGGUGAAAGAUAUUGAAUGUAACAAGAUAAUGAAGAUUUUAUAGACCCCCUCUAAAGAGGAAGUCGAACAAUGAGUUUAUAUUUUGCAUCAUACACUGGGCUAUCAUCUAAGUAUUAUUUUCCAUUCAAUCACUAAAUAUACAUAUAUUUUAUGCAUACAAAUACGGUUGCUCAUUAUUGAUACAUUUCUUGUUGUGGUUUAUAUUGUAACAAUGAUGAUGAAUCCGGAUUCAACAAUAUUCUUAGAACAU